CGCUCUUUCGCCGGACAUGUCAGUGAAGUCUACUGCUGUCGCUUCUUCCCCUCUGGUUUGGUUGUUGUCACGGGUGGCGCAGACAUGCAGUUGAAAAUAUGGUCAGCCCUUACCGGAGAAUGCGCCGCGACGUUGAAACCGGGUGCUGGUGGGGCUGGGGGCACCGGAUCCACGGAACCGGGUGGACAUCGGUCUGGUGUUGUAGACGUUGACUUUAUCGAACGCGGCAGGAAUAUUGUUAGCCUCGAUCGUGGUGGUUGGUUGCGUCUGUGGGACGUCUCCACACAGAUUGCUAUUUCAGCCAUGUCCGUGGUGCCAGACAAGGAAGGCGGCAAGGCCCAUACCAACUGCGACAUUGAGCACGAACCGCAGUGUUGUGCCGUUAAGAAUCGCCACUGGCAGUCGACUCCGACACCUGCUGGCACAGAGCCGCAUUCUAGUUACUGUGGUAUGUUUUAUUGCAUACUAGUGAACUUUUGA